ACUGCAAAACGUCACGAGUAGCGUCACCAUCAGCAGCCAUCGUUGGCUUCAGCACCGAGGACAGCUCCCACGGCUCCUAGAGGCAAAAUACUAGCUAGUUGACGCAUUACAAUGGGAUAGUCAUGGAUCACGUGAUCUGAGUGCAUCUCCUCCACGCUGCCGGUGUUCUGCAAAGGUUUCAUCAACUGGAAUUACUGGACUCUCAUCUAAACCAUAUCAAGAUGAUACCAGGCUUCUACGAUCACGAGAGGCCGCUGGUCAUCAGGAUCUCCUUCACCACCUUUGUCCUGUGUACCGUGUGCCUACCACUGCUGGGCCUUAUCGCCUGUGUCCUUAUAUCCUCUGUUUAUCACUUUGACGAAUCCACUAAAACGCACUGCUACGUUCCGAACUACCUGCCGUCCAUCAGCGCCUCCAUCAGUCAGAGCCCCGAGUGCCACAUAUGGCGCUUCUGCAUCGGCCUGCACUCUGCACCGAGGUUCCUGGUGGCGUUCAUCUACUUCAAGUUCUACAAGAUGUGCUUCACCUCCAAGUUCCCCGAGAGGUCGCUUGCCUACUUAAGCCUGGCCUUCUCCGUUUUGGAAAACCUGGGCCUGCUGCUCCUCUCCUACGUGUCAUCCAAAGAGACGUACCUUCUCCACCAGGAAGGCUUCAUCCUCUUCAUUUUAAGCUCGCUGAUCUACAUGCUGAUAACUUGUCGUUUAUGGAAGACCAUUAAGAGGUAUUCAUUAAAUCCUGAGGUGAGCAGCCCCCCUCCCACCCCUCCAAUUGUGUAUAUGACUUCUUAUGUUUGCUUGUUUUCCUUUCUCUCAUCCCAGGAUGCCAAAUCUCAUCACUGGAAAGUCCGUUUUUUACUUCUCAACGUUUGCUUCAGCGCUUUUGCCGGAUUCUUUUACGUCAAACACAACCUGUACUGUGAGUCAGGGAUCUACACAUUCUUCGCCCUGUUUGAGUAUCUCACCGUCUUCUCCAACAUGGCCUUCCACCUCACCGCCGUUUGGGACUUCAGGAGUCGUGAGGUGAUGGUCAUUUCCUCUUCAGAAGACAAAGACUUCUGACUGGAGACUCGCCAAAGAGCAGGAGGAGGCAUCAGCAUGCCCCUUCUGCCUCAUGUCAAAGGGUUUUGAUUUCUAUGAUGAACUACGGAGAAAGACGUGGAUGUGAGGCGAGGUUCCAUGUCCCGCUUCGUUUAGUGCAUGAGUGGCUUGUUUACGUUACUGCGUCUCAAGUAAAUGUGGAAUGAACUUUUGUAGCACAGUGAGUGUUCUUGGCACCAUCAUAAACCCCCCAUAAAGUAAUAAAGAAAUACUUGCCUAUUGCAGAGU